UUCGGCUUCUUUGAGAAUCGUGCGCCGAGGUGAAUUGAUGUUCAACUCGGCUUCACGGCAAAACAAAGAUCAUUGGCACAUGAGAAACUCAGACCUUGCUGGACUCACAAGUGCAGCGAGAAGUAGACAGAGAACUACUUCGAGGACCUGGGGACCGAUUGGUGGUGAAAGAUUAAAGCAAGAUCUCGUCGUCUUCAGCCUAACAACAAAGAGGUGACAGGUAAUACAGAAACAUGGGAGGUGGAGAGAGGUACAACAUUCCAAUUUCCCACCCCGAACGCCCCAAGAAAAGCCACCAGUUCGGCAAGGCCAAGCAGAGGAGCCGCGACCAGAGUGGAGCGGCAGCCGUAGUAGUGUCUAUGGGAGGGGCGGGGGGCCUUCAUCAUCAUGGUCACCGCCGGAACGACAAGGGCACCACCUACCACAGGUCUCCGGAGGCACGGCAGGCCGCGUCUGCGGAGAAGAAUGCUUCUAUCCGUUUGACCACCACCUAUGAUCAGAACUGGGAGGGUGCAGUGUCUCACCUUAAUACGCUGCUAGCAGCUCAGGGUAGCCCGAGUUAUGCAGGGCCUAAGUUCAGUGAGCCCCCCUCACCCAGUGUGUUGCCCAAACCCCCCAGUCAUUGGGUGUCUUUCCCUAUGGGAUCCUGUGAUCACAGGGAGAUGAUGGCCUUCCAGCUAAAGAGCCUCCUGAAAGUGCAGGCUUAAGAUCGAAACAUCCACCUCAAAUUUAUAUCGAGCCAAUGUACUGCGACUCUCUUUAGGUAUUUGCCUUUCGAGCUGCCAUGUGGUUGUAAUAUUCUUGUCAUUUUUGGCUUUAAAACCUCUUAAAGUUGGGUAUAUAAUACUGUUGAUGAAUUAAAAACAACAGCUAUAAAAGAUAUUACAGCCACUUAGCGGUGCUGGUUGGUAAUGCCUUAAGUAGAGCCAGUUUCUUUAAGUGAUGACUGGAUCCGUUUUUUUUUAAACUUCUGUUUUGUUUUGUUCUUUUUUAGUGUUGGCUGUUAACGCAGGCUGAGUGUCCUUUUUCCUCAAAUAGGGGUUUUAUUGUAGGUCAGGUAAAAUGCAUCACCUUUAUGGUCCAUUUCUGUGGACGGACACUUUAUUUCCACAUGUUUUGAAGUUGAACCUUUGGAGUGAGUUCCGAAGAUUCAGGUGCUAAAGCAGGUUCAUAUUUGUAGCAUUUUUUUAAAGCCCCCCUUCCCCAGAUUCCUAGAUAUCACUUUCCUUGUUUGGAAUGGAAAAAGGCACUCGACUGCAGUUCUGCAGGGAAAAAGCUAUUUUAUUUGACAUGCUAUUAGCCAUGUACAGGACAAGCUGAAAGACUGACCUCAAGGGG